AGGUCUUCUUCCAUUUCCUGGCUUCUCAAGUGAUGGAAGACAUAAUGAAGUCAUUUCCCUCCACCAAGGAUUGUAAAGAGGUCCUUUGGGACUACUUUGCCUAUCACAUAAAGGAGGCGUUUUUUGGUUCGCAGAUCACCGUGGAACGUACGGUCAAAGCCGCCGGCCUUCUCGCAGUUGACGGACCGGGUGAAAGAUCGAUGUUUCGAGACUUAGCAGCCAACUUUCGCGAUCUUGGCCUCUGCUAUCAUGCAAAAGUCACUUGUACCAUGAUUUUAAGGGACCAGCUCGCGAGACCCAACGUCAAGGACCCCUCGGUUUGGGACACCGUCACCAUCCUGGGUCUAGUUUUCACUGAUGAGAUGCACUGGAGCUCUGCGGAGGCUCUAUGCAAUGAGGUUCUAAAGUACGGACAAGCCAACUCGAUCGUGGUCGGGAACGCGCAUAAUAUUCUCGGUUACGUAUACAGGGGAAUGCUUCGUAACGAUCUCUCGAAAGAACAUUUCCUUCAUGCGCUACGCAUCAUGGAACUGCAGCAAUCACCAGACCAUCGACGGGUUCUUGGUAUCAAAGCCAACCUUGCCUCGCUUACCUUGCUUGAGGUCAAAGGAGAAGCGCUUGAGGUGGCAGAGAAAGAGCUGGAAGAAAUUGUGGAAACGUCCGCAGCGCGGUAUGGCAUGAACAAUGGUUGGACACUGUUAUUCUCCAAAAUCCUCGGGGACCAUUACGCAUCGAGGGUCUGGAGCGGCGAGUGGCGCGCAGUCAAUUCAGCAGAAGAGCAACUUUCUCGGGCUUACGAAGGCUAUCGGGAGUUAUUGGGCGAAGCGCAUAAGGUGACUCGCGAGGUAGCCUUCAAGCUUCGCAAGAUUCGUAUCAUCAGGAUAGUCUGUCUCGGUUUGUAGUAAGAUCUACCGGGGAGGUCAGAACCCCCAUCGCGAGUGGACGGACGGGCUGAAACGGUCGUCAGAAACUGUGCCUAGUUCUGUGCGGUGCUUACCCUUUUGCGUGGAUCUUUGACGGCAUCGCCUACCUGCCUUGCCGAAGAUAGGCGGUGGUAUCUAGCUAGAGUAGAGUUAUUGUGACAGAACCUUUAUAAUUGAUUGCUUCGCUGGCAG